AUGAGCGACUCACUAGAGAGGACAACUGAUUGCCCCACUACCCUCGCUGGGGAGGACUCGAGCGGCACCGAGUACCGCUGGGAAGACGGAGGCCUGCCCCUGGCGUUGCAGAGAGGCAUGGAAGACUUGCGGGUCAACCUCCAGCUGACCGACGUGCUCGUGUGUGUCCAAGGACAGGACUUCCCUUGCCACAGGGCCGUCCUUGCUGCGGCCAGUCAAUACUUUAGAGCCAUGUUCUGCAGCGGACUGAAGGAAAGUCAUGAGAAAUUGGUGGAAAUAAAAGGCCUGGACAGCGAGGCAAUGCAGACGCUCCUUCAAUAUACUUACACCAGCCAGGCCGUCCUGACUCACGCUAAUGUACACAAAGUACUGGAAGCAGCCAGUCAAUUCCAGUUCCCCCGUGUGGUAGACGCAUGCGUCGGCUACCUGACCAGAUCCCUUCAACCCGAUACUUGCAUUGGCAUCCUUAACUUGGCAGAUCGACACGUCCUUCCUGCCCUGAAGAGCAAGGCCGUGGAGUACAUUGCGUCCCAGUUCUCCCAAGUGGUCCGACAUCAAGACUUCCUGGAAGUGUCGGCCGAGUCACUGGAGACCAUACUGCAGCGGGACGAUUUGGACACGAGGUACGAGGAGUUUGUUUUCGAGGCACUCAUGCGGUGGUUGAGAGCGGAGGUAGACGAACGCCGCUGCUAUCUGGCCGGGUUGCUAGCACACAUACGGCUGCCGUUGUUGGAACCAGCAUACUUUGUGGAAAAAGUGGAGGGUGAUGAACUGAUCCGUGGAUGCAGCGAGAGCUUUCCACUGCUGCAGGAGGUCCGCAGCUUUCACCUCUCCGGAAAGGAGGUAGUGUCCAAGCGAACCAAGCCGCGCCUACGCCACUUCCUAUCAGAGGUGUUCCUCAUCAUCGGAGGCUGCACCAAAGAUGAUGGCUUCAUUUCCACCGUCACCUGUUUGGACCCGCUCAGACGUAGCAGGUUGGAAGUUGCUCGGCUACCUGGCACCGGCAUGGAGGAGGAGGCCCAGAAAAGAAAAUGGGUGGAGUUUGCUUGCGCCACUUUUCGCAAUGAGCUGUAUAUAUCUGGAGGUAAAGAGACCCAGAGAGAUGUUUGGAAAUACAACGGAGCUCUUGACAAGUGGAUACGGAUCGAGCCUCUGAUAACAGGCCGCUGGCGGCAUAAGAUGGCCAUCCAAGGUGGGAGGGUGUACGCACUGGGAGGGUUCGAUGGCGUGCGUCGGCUCGAUUCCGUAGAGGCUUACGACCCUUUUCACAACCGCUGGACGCAGGUGGCACCACUCGCCAUGGGCGUGAGCUCCUUUGCUGCUGCGAGCUUUGACAAAUGGAUUUACGUGAUUGGCGGAGGUCCGGAUGGGAAGCUGGCGACCGAUUUAGUUCAAUGCUGGGAACCCGGGACGGAUUUUUGGGAGCUGCGUGCGCCGAUUCCAAUCGAAACCAAAUGCAUCAAUGCUGUCUGCUUCAAGAACUGCAUAUAUGUAGUUGGUGGCGCCAUGCACACCUUGUAUUGCUACUCUCCUCUGUCAGACUCGUGGUCUGAGGUGACCCGUCUAGGAGAAAGAGCAAGCUGUGCCAUCGCCGCCUGCAGCAACAAACUCUUCAUCACAGGAGGGCGUGAUAACAAGAAUCACGUCAUCUCUGAGGUUAUGUGUUGGGAUGUAGAGAAAGGUGAACUGACAGAGGAAUGCGCCCUACCCAUGGGUGUCUCACACCAUGGCACUGUAACAUUGUUGAAGUCGUACAUGCACAAGCACAGAGCGGUACCUGCGUCUGACUGCCAAACCAUUUGA